AUGGCAUCCAUCUCUCGGAUAAUCGAUAGAUCUCAAUGGCUACAAAUAUAUUUAUCUAUUCUCUUGUUUUUCCUUCUAGAAUAUAUUACGAAGAUGAGUUCUUCAAUUCCUGAAAAAGGAAGUGAUGUUGCAAAUGAAAAAUUACUUGAAAUGGGUUGUAAAACAUCUACAUCUACAGAAGAGAAUUCAAAAUCAAGUCAAUCAAAUAGUCAUGUUAAUUCAUCAUUAGCUGGUGGAAUUACAAUUGGACCUCCAAUUGAUCAAAAUCAAAUAAACAAAUAG